AUGGCUGUCAAAAUUGUAAACAGCUACUCCGUCUCGCCGUCUUCCGGAGCUGCCGCCGUUCUUACUCUCCCACUUUUACAUUUCGACAUUGUAUGGCUCGAUACCAUUCUCACUGAGACUCUCCACUUCUAUCCCCUCAAAUGCUCCCAAUCUCAUUUCUUGGAUACCAUCCUUGUCAAUCUCAAACACUCAUUAUCCCUCACUCUCAAACAUUUCCUUCCACUCUCAUCCAAAAUCAUCUUCCCCCUCUCCUCCUCCGCCAUGCCCGUUUCCCGCUACUCCACCGGCGACUCCCUCUCCCUCACCAUCGCCACAUCCGACGAUGACUUCUCUUUCAUAGUGUCCAACCGUCCCAAGCCUGCCGACGAUUUCCAUCAACUCGUCCCACAAAUGCCGGCAGCUGUUUACUCCUCCGACGAGAUCAAAUUCAGCCCCCUCGCUAUUCAACUCACUUUGUUUCCAAACCAAGGGAUCUGCAUCGGCAUCACACACCAUCACUCCAUUUGCGACGCCACCACUCUCUCCGCCUUCCUCCACACCUGGGCUUCCAUCAACAGAUCCAACGGCGACGAGCAAUUCCUAUUCCCAAAUCUGCUGCCUUUCUACGGCCGAGAUUCCGUUCAAGAUUCGGAAAAACUAAGCAUAGCCCAAUGGAACCUAAUGAAGACGAAUAGGCCGACGGUUUCACUAACACUUCCCUUGCCAUCUGAUAAAGUCCGAGCAACAUUCCACCUAACUGAUUCCCAAAUCGAGAAGCUCAGGAGCUUGGUCAUGAUCAAGAAACCUUCCAUAGGCCGCCCCUCGACUUUCGUGGUGGUGUGUGCUUACAUAUGGAGCUGCCUAAACAAGUGCGGUGGAGAAACCGACGAUGACCAGAUCCAAUACUUUGGCUCUCCGGUCAAUUGCCGGCAGCGGCUUAAUCCGCCACUUCCGGAGAAUUACUUCGGCAAUUGCUUGAUCCAAUUCAUUGCGAAUUCCACCCACGGAAGACUCAAAGGGAAUGAUGGGUUUGUAACUGCUGCAGAGAUAGUUGCGGAGGCUCUUAAGAUUGCUUUGAAAAGCACAAGAGUGACGGAGUUCUUCGAGAACCGAGCACAAAUAUUUUCAGAAACGAAGGGGAAGAGGGUGAUCAGGGUUGUAGGAUCAUCAAAACUUGAUCAGUGUGAUGCAGAUUAUGGAUGGGGGAGAGCUGUUAAGUAUGAAUGCAUUCAUACUGACUUUUAUGAAGCAGCCCAUGUCUGUAAACACAUUCAAGGAGGAAUCGAGUUGGGCCUCUCAAUGCCUAAGGCUACCAUGGAUAUCUUUGCGGAUGUAUUUACCAAAUACUUGCACAUCAAUUGCAAAUUGUAAGUUUUUGGUUAUUUUUCGAAAUUAUGAAGUGAAUUGCCCAAUAUUA